AUGCCUACAUAUAUGAUGUUUUUGAAUGAUAUGCUCACUAAUAAGCGUAGGCUGGGAAAGUUUGAAACAGUCUGCUUAACCAAGGCGUGUAGUACAAUUUUGACUGUUAAAAUACCGGAGAAAAUGAAAGAUCCUGGAAGUUUCACAAUUCCAGUAGCUAUUGGAGGUCAAAAAAUUGGACAAGCACUGUGUGACUUGGGAGCGAGCAUUAACUUAAUGCCUUUAUCUAUUUACAAGAAGCUAGGCAUGGGAGAAGCUAGACCUACCACUAUAACUCUUCAACUGGCAGACCGUUCCAUCACACAUCCAGAAGGGAAGAUUGAAGAUGUAUUGGUACAAGUAGAUAAGUUUAUAUUUCCUGCUGAUUUUAUAAUCCUUGACUAUGAUGCAGAUACAAAAGUGCCAAUCAUCCUUGGUAGACAAUUCCUAUCAUUACUUCGCAUAUUGUAA